AUGAUGGAUCCCGGUGCCAGCUACGAUAGUGGCGAGAGCAGCACCACGUACGAAUUCACGACACCCAGCAGUGAGAAGUUCCUGUCUUGGAACGCCUACGGGGACUCACGGUAUCAACGUCCACCGACGAUCGAGUCCAGGCGAGACUCGGCGCGAUGGAGUGACAAACGGGUGCACGAGCUCGGCUUAGCAGCUGCUUCGAAAGUGAAUUGGGACGACCUUGACCUGGAACUUGCAACGGCAUCAGCGGCAAGUGUCGGGAGUCAACAGGGGAGCUCCUGCGUCUGGAAGCCAAAGAAGUUCCGUCAAAGUGGCAGCACGGAGAUGCAGAUCUUUACUCGAUCCACGGUCCGUGACCGUCGACAUCAGACGCGAUGGGGACCAAAGGGCUUUGCCAUCUUAGCGGAAGCAUCGUUGCCCUGCACAGUGCAGGAACUUCGACUUGUUUUCCGGGUCGCGUCUAGUGACACCUUUCGGGAUAUCAUGCGGUGUCUCUAUCGUCGCGAGUUUAUCGACGGGGACCUCCUGCGCACGAUUAACCUGCAACGGGGAUCCAGUGGGGAUCCCGCCCGAGCUUUCGGCGAUCGCGAGUUGACGAUCAAGACCGCGACGUUUGAAAGUCGCCAUCGAGUGUUCUCUAAGAAGGCCUCGUGGUGCUUCCUCGAGCUCUUGCAUCCUCGAGAUCGAGCUAAAGAAGAGCAGUCAUCGGCAAGACGAACAGCAGUGUCAACCCCACGUCUCGGAACCCCUCCUCGACCGGGGUUUACAAGGACGAUGGUAUCCGUUGCACGUCCAAGUCUUGUCUUGGACAAUGGACGUCCCUUGCCGUCACGGUCUCAACUGCUGCUGCACGUUCCAAAUGUGAUCAUCAACUACUCGUUUGAAGAAGACCCGAGUGGGCAUGGCACUCGCGUGGUUUUCCACGGCGAAUACGUGCCGCCAAAUGCUCACGAUGCUUUCAAACGUGCGGGGCAUGAACGACGUUACGCUCGUCGUUGGAUGCUUCGUCUUGCUGUCAGUUGUCAGCGGUACCUCUUGGUCGUUCGUCGACGUCGUCUUGGCAUGCAAGUCAUGGUCAAUAGCACGUGCUUCUCAGCUGAGACGUUGGCUGCUUCGGCUUCGUAUUGCGCUUAUUGCUACCGCUCGUUCUCGAGCUUUUUAAAGCGCUCGAGGAAGCGGCUCUGCUGUCUCUGUGGCUUUGUCGUCUGCGACAAAUGCGCGCAUGUUCAAGAGCGUGAACACUGCGCACGGGGGGAUGUCCGUCCACAGAUUGAACAAGUGCGAGUUUGCGAGCGGUGUCUCCUCCGCGUCGAUCAAGCGCGAUACACAGCGAUUACAGAAGACGACUUACGUCCCGCCCGCGUGAUUCCUGACGUGUACUCGCCAGCAUCUCGUCCGAAUAGCACGCCAGGAGGAAGAGCUUGGACUGGCACUUCGAGACAUAUCCGACCGAAUUUCCGAACUCGUCCAGCAUCCCUGAACGGUCUGUUGCUGGAAAUCCUAGCGGAUGCGACUGCAGGCGGACCUGCGCAACAACAGCGCAAAGAGAGCGUAUUGAGGGUCAUGAAGGAUAUUGUGAACGAAGACCGUGCUCAGAGACGAGCAAGUCUAGCGAGGAGUCGCAGUUUGUCGUUAGGUGCAAGUGCUCGUGGGUUACCGCUGCAGAGUGAACGCAGUGGAGACUUGCAGAGCGAAGAAGAGAAUGGAGAUGACGACAGUUGUGUUGGUAGUGCUCGACGACGGCUAGGACGGAGGUGGGGAGCAGCGCCGUGCUACGAAGAUGAUUAUCCGUUGGCCAACGCAGACUCGAGGAGCUACCGGAUUCAGUUUCCAGACAACGCCGAGGAAGCGAUUGUACCCCCGGUCCCGAUCAACGAGCGCCAACGACUGCAACUCAUCCGUGGUCAGCAGCUUGACGAUCUGGGCAAUGUGCCGGAACUGGACAUCAUUUGCUCACUGGCAUCGAAGGAACUUGACUGCGCUAUGAGCAUGGUUACAGUUGUUGACAAGGCAAAACUGCAUGUGCUGGCGUCCUCGGAUCCGACAAUCACAGCCGGUGAAUCGUUCCCGAGAGCGCAGGCUUUAUGCGCGCAAGCUAUCCUGGACCGCAAUCCGCUCGUGGCUUGCCAUGUACAGGCAGACGUACGUUUUAGUGCCAUGUCGAUUGUCCGGAAAAUGGGGAUCAACUUUUACUGUGGGUUCCCACUACUCGGGUCCGACGGCGAGACUGUCAUCGGUUCCGUUUGUUGUGCUGACCCACAAGGUCGUAGCCUGACUCGAUCGCAGUAUUCUGCCAUGAGCAGCCUCGCAAGCACUGCUUCACGUGUCGUCCAGCGUAUUGCUAAACAACGAGCAGUGCGUGAAAGCGUCAAAGCUUAA